AUGAAGGUGGAUACGGACGAAUCGAAAAAUCCAUCGUCCGAUUGUUUAGUAAAAACAAUGUCCGUAAUACUACGAGAUAAUGAAUGUGAAUAUAAUUUAGAAGAAAAUGAAGCGCAACGAAAUAGUGAGAAGGAUCCACUGGACAAGCAGGAUAAUGAGAUGAUUAACUGUUUGAUGCAAAAAUUAACGUCGAAGAAAUUUUUGGAUGAUAAGGAAACGAAGAGUUCUUUUUAUUUAGUAGAUAACGAGAAUAUGAAAAUAAAAAAAUUAAAAGAACAUGGACAUUCAGCAUCAUUGAAUGAUGAUUUAAGUCCAUUACAAUACGAAAGAAUUAAAUACCAACCCAAAUUACCUAAAGCGUUGUCAUGUGAGUAUCAAAUUUUGGAAGAAAUUCAUGGAGAUGAUUUUAUAAAUAAAAAGGAUUAUGAAGAUAUUAAAAGAUUUUUAAAAAAUUUACAUAAUAUGCCAAUGAUAAAUGUGAAAGAAACAAAUAAUUAUGAAUUAUUCAAAGGAGGAAAUGUUUUGAAAAUAGGUAUUAUCUUAUCUGGUGGACCAGCCCCAGGAGGUCAUAAUGUUAUAUCAGGUAUAUAUGAUUAUGCAAAAAGAUAUAAUGAGCAAUCUCAAGUUAUAGGUUUUUUAGGAGGUAUUGAUGGAUUAUAUAGUAAAAAUUAUGUAACUAUAACUGAUCCUAUGAUGGAUCGAUUUAGGAAUUUAGGUGGUUUUAAUAUGCUCUGGUCAGGUAGAGGAAAAGUAAAGAAUAAGGAUGAUUUGAUAGCAAUAGAAAAUAUUGUUCUAAAAUUAAAAUUAAAUGGUUUAGUCAUAAUUGGAGGAGAUGGAUCCAACAGUAAUGCAGCUUUAAUAGCAGAAUAUUUCAGUGAAAGGAAAGUACCUAUAUCGAUUAUAGGAGUACCAAAAACAAUUGAUGGUGAUUUGAAAAGUGAAGCUAUUGAAAUUAGUUUUGGUUUUGAUACAGCAACAAAGACAUAUUCAGAUGUAAUAGGAAAUUUAUGUACAGAUGUAAAAACUGGACAUAAUGUAUAUCAUGUAAUUAGAGUAAUGGGUAGAUCCGCAUCACACGUUGUCUUAGAAUGUGCAUUACAGACGAGACCAAAUAUCGUUUUAAUAGGGGAAGAGGUAGAAAAUGAAAAAUUAUCACUUAAAGAUAUUGUAAAGAAUAUUGUUAGUAUAAUUAUAAAAAGAAGAUCUUUGAAUAAAAAUUAUGGAGUUAUUUUAAUACCAGAAGGAUUAAUAGAAUUUGUACCUGAAAUGAAAGUAUUAAUAGGAGAGCUAAAUGUUAUAUUAAAAGAAGGUCCAUUUGAUGCUUCUAAGUUAAAAAGUUCGAAAGAAGUGUGGGAAUUUUUACCUACAAUUAUUAGAGAUCAAUUAUUGAUGGAUAGAGAAUCCACUGGUUAUAUUCAAGUAGGAAAAAUUGCAACUGAAAGAUUGAUAAUUGUACUAGUAGAAUCAGAAUUAGCUAAACUGAAUGACAAAAACAUGAAUAUACAAUUUAUGGCUCAUUAUUUAGGAUAUGAAGGUAGAUGUGCUAUACCAUCCAAUUUUGAUUGUAAUUAUUGUUAUGCUUUAGGAUACAAUGCAUCAUUAUUAAUUGAUCAUAAAAAAACAGGAUAUAUGUCCAUAAUACAAAAUUUAGAAGAUUCUUAUGACAAUUGGAUACCUGCUGCUAUUCCCUUUUUAAGAAUUAUGCAUGUGAAUAAAGAUAACACAGGGAAAGAAUUCCCAGCAGUUAAGAGAUAUUUAGUGGAUCUAAAUAGUCCAUUAUUUAAUGUGUUAAAAGAGGUUAGAAAUUUAUGGUCUCUUUAUGAUUUAUAUAGAUCACCAGGUCCUAUUCAAUUUAAUGGACAUUUGAGUAAUUCACGUUGUUAUACGGUUAAGAUACCAACCAAAGAUUUAUUGCUAUGCCAGAAUUCAGACGAUUUACAGUUAAUUAUUGAUUUAACCAAUAAAGGUAACAAUAAUAAUAGUGUCAAUCUGUUGUAUGGAGAUGGAAAUAUUGCUAUAGGUGGGAGUACAGAUAAUACCUGUGCAGUUGUUUCUAGUGCAGAUGUAGGGAUAGGUAUUCAAAAGAAGGAUAGCAAUAACAGUAAUAAUGAAAAUAGAAGAGGUAGUGGCUCAGGUGACGAUAUCAGUAGUGGUGCCUAUGAUGGUAACGUAAGCAUGGGUGAUAUGGAAAAGAAGGAAGAAGGGGAGGAAUAUCACAAAAUGGGGGGAAAUAUUAAUGAUAUGAAUAGAAGUGGUAGUAGUGGUAAUAAUAAUCGAAGUGGUAGUAGUGGUAAUAAUAAUCGAAGUGGUAGUAUUAACGAAGGAGCAUUUCGCUCGAGCAGUAUGAAGAGAGAAUCGUAUGAAUUGUACAUUUCGAGUUACAAAUCAUUAGGUUGCAUGUCCGAGUUGCAAACAUCAAGACUGUACAACAAAUUGGAAUUACCAGAAUUGUGUUCAGAUUUAAAGGCAAAAGUUAGAGCAGGUAAACAAUAUAUAUCAAGUGAUCCAUAUACACAAAAACAAAUUUUAUCCAACUAUCCUCAUAUGUCAUAUGAAAAUAAAUUUCAAAUACAAGAAAUUUUUCAUGAUAAGUAUGCAACUCCAAUAUCAUUUGAAAUAAAGAUAGGAAUAGUAUUUUUAUCUAGACAAGCACCUGGUGCAAUGAAUGUGUUAUGUGGUCUUUACAAACGUUUGAAAUUAUUGAAAGGUGUAUGUUUUGCAUUUUACGGUUUAUAUGGUUUAUUAAAUAAUAAAUAUUUAAUAAUAGAUGAUGAUAAUAUAGCAAAACAUCUAAAUCAAGGAGGGUUAGAAUUGACAGGAAAUUCUCCUGAACAUUCUUUAUUCGAUAAAGAAAACAGAAAUAAAGUAUGUGAAACAGUAACGAAAUUACAAUUAAAUGGAUUAGUUAUGCCAGGUUCUAAUGUGACUAUAACAGAGGCAGCUUUAUUAUCAGAAUAUUUUUUAGAAAAGAAAAUAAGGACAUCUGUUGUUGGUAUUCCAUUAACAGGUUCUAAUAAUUUGAUUCAUGAAUUAAUAGAAACAUGUGUUGGUUUUGAUAGUAGUACUAAGGUGUACGCAUCACUAAUAGGAAAUGUAUUAACAGAUGCAGUGAGUAUGCCGAAAUAUUGGCAUUUUAUUCGUUUAAUGGGUAGAUCACCAUCACAUGAAGUAUUAGAAUGUGCUUUACAAACUCAUCCAAAUUUUGUUAUAAUAUCUGAAGAAUAUGGAGCUGCUGAUAAGACAUUGUGGAGAGUAGUUCAAGACAUUGCAGAUGUAGUUUGUGCAAGAGCAGAAAUAGGAAAAAAUUAUGGUACUGUGUUAAUUCCGGAUGCUCUACUUAUGCAUUUACCGCAUAUGAAAAUUUUAUUAUCCGAAAUUAGUGAUAUAUUAAAUGAAGCUUCUGAAAAAAGACAAUUAGUACAAGCAAGAAAUGAGUUGGUAAAUUUGUCAAAUGAACAAGAUGGAAAACCAUCUGUGUGGGUAUCAAAAUUAACACCAUGGAGUUUAGCUUUAAUAAAAACAUUCCCACAAUUUAUUAUAAAAGAAUUAUUACAUGUUGAUUUAAGAUCUAUGCGUUUUGAAAAAUUAGAAACAGAACAAUUAUUACUACAAAUGGUUAAGGAAGAAUUACAUCAAAGGAAACAAAAAGGUAAAUAUCAUGGUGUUUUUAUGGGUCUUACUCAUUUUUUUGGUUAUCAAGGUCGUUCUUCUUUACCAUCUGAGUUUGAUUGUAAAUUGGCAUAUUGCUAUGGUCAUGCAGCUUCUAUAGUUAUAGAAAGUGGGUUAACAGGAUAUAUCGUUUCGAUAAGAGGUUUAUGUGGUAAUGUAAAAGAUUGGAAAUUAUUUGCAAUUCCAUUUAUUUCAUUAAUGAAAAUAUUACCAAGAGGGCAAGGAAGUAAAUAUUUGAAAAAUGCAUCAAAGGGAGAUUUACCAGUUAUACCUAGUGCUCCUGUAGAUCUAAACGGGAAAGCUUAUAGAAGCUUGAAAGUAGCUUUGCAAAAAUGGCAAAUGGAAGAUCGCUUUUGUAAUCCAGGACCUAUACAAUUUGAAGGAAACGCAUCAAAUUAUUAUAACAGAAUUUUAUUUGAAGAACAGUAUGAAUAUUUUGAAAUGCUUAGAUAUGUUGAAUGUUAUGCAAACAUUUUAAAGGAUACAUGUCGUUUUGGAGUAUCAGCAGACUAUUUAAAAAAUGUUUUUGUUCAGUUAUGUGGCAUGCUUGUGUUAGCUUACAAACCGAACGAUAUUUUAUCCAACAUGCCCUACAUUGGUAGUAUUGAGGAUUACUACGACUGGGAAAAUCAGACAACGAGAAUGAACUGA